UCCUGCAGCACAUUCAGCAGAAGCAGCUUUCCAGAGGACUUCUUGUUUGGGACUGCAGCUGCAGCUUAUCAGAAUGAAGGUGCUGCUGAGGAAGGUGGCAAGGGGCCUAGCAUUUGGGACUCCUUCACCCACAAGCACCCAGAAAGGAUUGUAGAUAGAACGACCGGUGAUGUAGCGGUGGACUUUUAUCAUCGUUACAAGGAUGAUAUAAAACUCAUGAAGCAAAUGGGCACGAACGCCUUCAGAUUUUCUAUCUCCUGGCCCAGAAUCCUACCAAAUGGAAGCCUAAGCGGGGGAGUCAACAAACAGGGCGUUGAGUUCUACAAUAACCUCAUCGAUGAGCUCAUAUCUAAUGGCUUGCAACCGUUCAUCACAAUAUUCCACUGGGACUUGCCCCAAGCCGUAGAGGACGAAUACGGAGGCUUCUUAAGCGAUCGCAUUGUGAAAGACUACGUGGACUUCGCCGAGGUUUGCUUCAGGGAGUUUGGCGACCGGGUGAAGCACUGGAUCACAUUCAACGAGCCGUGGACCUUCUGCUCCGUGGGCUACGACUUGGGCAAGCUCGCGCCAGCUCGGUGCACCCCGCAGGAAGGCCGACAGUGCCUCGGCGGAAACUCAGCAACCGAGCCUUACACCGUGUGCCAUCACACACUAGUGGCCCACGGCGAAGCCGUCCAUUUGUAUAAACAAAAGUACCAGGCAAACCAGAAAGGCGAAAUCGGUAUAACACUAGCCUCACACUGGUACACUCCCUACUCACCUUCAAAAGCCGAUGAAGAUGCAACACGACGGAGCCUGGAUUUCUUGCUUGGAUGGUUUAUGGACCCUCUAACGCACGGAGAUUAUCCGUCAACCAUGAAAGAAUUGGUCGGCAAUCGCCUUCCGAAGUUCACUAAGAAGCAAUCAGAUAUGAUCAACGGAUCAUAUGACUUUGUUGGACUUAAUUACUACACAACACACUAUGCCUUUGAUGUUCCCCCAUCUAACAAUAGCGCAAGCAAAAGCUUCACAACAGAUUCCCAGGCCGUUCUUUUGUUAGGGGUUCGCAAUGGGGUCCCAAUAGGUCCGCAGGGUGUUGCUGCAUCUUGGAUCUACAUUUACCCACGCGGUUUACAAGAACUUCUGCGGUAUAUGAAGACUAAAUAUAACAAUCCGGUCAUCUACAUUACAGAGAAUGGUCUCAAUGAACGCAGCAACAGCAGUAUUCCGCUCAAGGUUGCCUUGAAGGAUAAUCUGAGAGUAUCCUACCACCGGAAGCAUCUCUUAUACCUCCAGAGAGCCAUUAGGGAUGGAGUUGAUGUAAGAGGAUACUUUGCCUGGUCAUUCAUGGACAACUUUGAAUGGUCAAGUGGCUUCACCACACGCUUUGGCCUAUACUAUGUCGACUACUCUGAUGGAUUAAAGAGAUAUCCCAAGAACUCUGCUCGCUGGUUCCAACACUUCCUCACAGGGAGCAAUGACCCAUGA